GUCAUUGUCACUCUGGCUCUUCCUUCUCUCUUACAGGCAACGUGCUCGGCUCUGAUUGGCACACGGCGGGGCUCCUCGUCCUUCCCAGGGGCCCCACGUGUCCUCUGCUGCUGGCAGGGUUCCUUACCAUAGGUCCUGUCUCUGCGGUUAAAUAGCCGAUGGCUUUGGAAAUGGUCGAUUUAAGUAAAAACUGCAUGCUAAGAAUCGGAUAUUGCAGGAGCCAACAUCAAGAAAGCAAACCAAAGGACAAAGACUUUUUUGCACUGUUUUACAUGUUGCCUAUUUUUUUAAAAGGAUUGUCCAGAAAUUGAAAGCACUGCAGCACGUAAUCAUGAGGGCUUCGAUGGAAGCGGCAGAUAUCGCCAUAGUGGCACUGUACUUUGUGUUAGUAUUAUGCUUGGGAUUUUUUGCAAUGUGGAAGUCGAACAGGAGUACUGUAAGUGGAUACUUCCUGGCGGGUCGAUCAAUGACCUGGGCAGCUGUUGGUGCCUCCUUAUUUGUAAGCAAUAUCGGUAGUGAACAUUUCAUUGGACUCUCAGGAUCUGGAGCAGCAAGUGGAUUUGCUGUAGGGGCCUGGGAACUAAAUGCCUUGUUGCUUUUGCAGCUCCUCGGAUGGGUCUUCAUUCCAGUGUAUAUACGUUCUGGAGUGUACACAAUGCCGGAAUACUUAUCUAAACGUUAUGGAGGACAUAGAAUCCAAGUGUACUAUGCUGUUCUGUCCUUGAUUUUGUACAUCUUCACCAAACUCUCUGUAGACUUGUAUUCAGGGGCAUUGUUCAUUCAGGAAUCUUUGGGAUGGAACCUUUACUUAUCAGUGAUUUUGCUCAUUGGGAUGACUGCUAUUCUCACGGUGACAGGGGGCUUGAUGGCUGUUAUUUAUACAGAUACUCUCCAGGCCUUCCUCAUGAUUAUAGGGGCCUUGACAUUGACCAUAAUAAGCUUUGUUGAAAUCGGAGGAUUUGAAGAAGUUAAAAGGAGAUACAUGCUUGCAACUCCAAAUGUCACAUCCAUAUUACUGACCUAUAACUUUACCAAUACAAACUCCUGCCAUGUCACACCAAAGCCGGAUUCACUUAAAAUGCUCCGGGAAGCUACUGAUGAAGACAUUCCAUGGCCUGGGUUUAUCUUGGGUCAAACACCAGCUUCUGUGUGGUACUGGUGUGCAGACCAAGUCAUCGUGCAAAGGGUUUUGGCCGCAAAAAAUCUUUCUCAUGCCAAAGGGGCGACUCUUAUGGCUGGUUUUUUAAAGAUUCUUCCAAUGUUCUUAAUAGUGAUUCCAGGAAUGAUAUCUAGAAUCAUGUUUGUGGAGGAUAUUGCCUGCAUUAAUCCAGAGCACUGCAUGGCAGUGUGUGGCAGCAGGGCUGGCUGUUCCAACAUUGCCUAUCCCCGGUUAGUCAUGAAGGUCCUCCCAGUUGGCUUGCGUGGUCUCAUGAUGGCUGUAAUGAUUGCAGCUCUCAUGAGUGAUCUUGACUCCAUAUUUAACAGUGCAAGUACCAUCUUCACUCUUGACAUCUACAAAUUUAUCCGGAGAAGUGCAACAUCUCGAGAACUCAUGAUGGUGGGGAGAGUUUUUGUAGCAUUUAUGGUGAUCAUUAGUAUUGCAUGGGUUCCCAUCAUUGUGGAAAUGCAAGGAGGCCAAAUGUACCUUUACAUCCAAGAGGUGGCGGAUUACCUGACUCCUCCUGUUGCUGCUUUGUUCCUGCUGGGCAUAUUUUGGAAACGCUGCAAUGAACAGGGGGCCUUCUAUGGUGGCGUGGUGGGUUUCAUACUUGGCUUCACACGUCUUAUUCUGGCCUUUGUUUAUCGUGCCCCAGAGUGCAACUUGCCAGAUAACAGACCCAGUUUUAUUAAAAAUAUCCACUACAUGUAUGUGGCGACUGCACUCUUUUGGAUCACUGCUAUUAUUGCCAUAGUAGUCAGCCUUUUGACAUCACCUCCAAAGAAAGAUCAGAUCAGAACCACCACUUUCUGGGCACUUAAAAACAAAACUAUAAAAGAAAAAGUCCACAAAGACGAUCCUUAUAAGGAAUGUGACACGAAUUUCACACCCAUUACAGAAACUAACAUUAAGCAAGUGUUGCCCAAUGGGAAGUCUGAUGAUCACAUUAAAAACAUCCACAAUGAGGAUGUCAACCUUCUAAUGGCUUACAAAGACGACUCCAACCCUCUGAGCUCCUUGAGUGUCUCGGAGGCAGAGACACCUGUGGAUUGUUAUUCCAACGGACAAGCAGCUCUUAUGGGUCAGAUCCCAACUGAUGGGGUCAACGAGGACCAGGGCAGGUGCUCCAAGUUUUUUGACUGGUUCUGCGGCUACAAAAGCAGCGCUGCCAACAAACAAACCGUAGAGGAAGAGGUAGAAGAUGAAGCAACAUGUCUAAAAAUGCUGGAAGAGAAGCCGGCCAUUCAACGAAUUCUCAACACCGGACUGGUUUGUGUAUGCUCCGUAGGAGUGUUCAUGUUUAUUUACUUCUCUUUGUAAAGGUAAAAUGGGCCUUGUACGGAGCAAAGAGAGCAAUCUGACUAUUACAAAAGCAAAGCCUUUGAAGCAACGAACACAAUUAUGGGGCCAUUCCAAAUUUGAAGGUUUCGUUUACUUUGAAAAGGCCUUUUAACGGCUCAUCAAUGAGCAUACAGAGCACUUACACAUAUGGAAUCCUUUAAGGACCUAUGCUUAUGUCUACCAAAUAAAUAAUUUAUUAUUUAAUUGAAAUGUUUGCUGGCAGGUAGAUCC